ACCUGCUUCUAAUACGUUUUUAAUUUCUUCGUCUAAUUUUUAUUUUAUCUUGGAUGUCGCUCUCUUGCGUCCGCCUCCGCCUCCAUUAGGAAUCGUGUAGGCGAACGGCAUGAUAUGGAUACUGCUCGACUGGUGGACGGAUUCGCAUCGGCUGAAACGUCGCUUUCGACAAGGACGAGCGAACGUCAAGGGGGCUUCCUAAUCCCUCCUUGGUAUAGGAGCGAGCAACCCGACGCGAAUACUAAUAAGCUCGUGUGCCUUAUAUACGGAUUCACGUUGGCACUGGCCGGGUUCUCGGCGGCCAAGGCGUCGAAACAGUCGUGGCGGUCGUACCAACGGAAUAAGUUCUGGAAUGCGUAUAUCAUUAUGAUCUGGGCCGAGUGGUUCAGCAGUGUCGGAAUUUCCAUUACAUCUUUUCUAUUUCUUCAGGGGAUCGUUCCGCCAAGCUUUUGGACCUUCUUCAUUAUCCUGAUCUUCUGGCUAGUGCAGAUGCACUGCAUCCUGCAAAUCAUCGCCAACCGCCUUUCCGUCCUCAUCCUUCACCCACAAGAGUCGCGGAGACUCAAGCUCGCCGUCUUCAGCAUUGUGACAUUCAUUACCGUCACCGUCAGCUGCACUUGGAUGCCCGCGAGACUGCAAAUUUCCGAAUCCAUCAUACGUGUCAAUAACAUAUGGGACCGAGCGAGCAAGGGGAUUUUCGUCGCUGUCGAUGCCGCUUUGAAUAUUGCCUUUCUCAUCAUUGUGUACCGGAGUCUAAUUGCUGCUGGACUGAAACAAUACUGGAUCUUGUUCAGGUUCAAUUCGUGCAUGGUCUUGGUCUCGAUCCUUCUCGACAUCACCCUCAUCGGCGCCAUGUCAUUACCUAGUUCCGUGGUUUAUUUCCAAUUCAACCCCUUAGUAUUCCUUACGAAACUCUACAUCGAACUUAAUUUAGCCGAACUCAUUGCCCGCGUCGUCCACUCCUCAAACGUGAUGAUUGGGGUUCCACGAGCCACCGGACCAAAGAGGAGACGAGACAUUGAUAACGCCACCAUGAUCUACUCGAACCACCACCACCGACACCACCAGAUAAUGUCGCGUUGCGAGGAACAUGAAGGAGAGACUGCGGCCCAGAUGAGAGGACGAAAACCAUUUGGGCAGCCGGAUGACGGUAUACUCAGGACAGUCGAGUUCCAGGUCUUGAUAGAGGACAGGACGGCUGCUAUGAUUGGCGAGACGGAUGAUGCGCUCAGGUAUGCAUUUGACUUUGAUGGGGAGGUUGCUAGAUUCAGGUAAUAGAUCUGCGCCAUCUAUUUCUAGCUAGCAUCGACACAGCUAUUUACGAUGCAAGAAGCGAAACGGACGUUCAAGUAAACACAUGUCGGCGUAAUUGGGAUUCUAGCACCACUCAUCUCUAGCC